AUGGAGAUUCCUGUGUUCUUUCACAACCUUCGCGAAUACGAUUCCCACCUGCUCUUACAAGGAGUUGAGGGACACGAAGUAAAGUGCAUACCAAAUAACAAAGAACGGUAUAUGUCCGUAACCAUUGGCAAGCUGAAAUUCCUAGACUCCCAGCAAUUCAUGGCGGAUUCCUUAGCCAAUCUAGCCAAAUAUAACGAGGAUUCCCCCAUUUCCGACGAGUACGAUGCAGAAAGGAAAGGAGUGUAUCCAUACGAAUACAUGGAUUCUUGGGAACGGUUUGAAGAGCAGCAAUUACCACCCCAAGAGGCUUUCUACAGCACCCUAAAUGAAGCGGGGAUAUCCGAUGAUGAGUAUGCCUACGCGCAGGAGGUGUGGGAAAAGCGCGCCUGCAGAAACCUGGGAGAUUACCACGACGUCUACCUCCUCUCCGACGUCGUCCUACUAGCAGAUGUAUUUCAAAGUUUCCGAAAGAUGUCUAUGUCUUACUACGGGUUAGAUCCAGCAAAUUUCUACACAGCCCCCGGGCUAUCUUGGAGUGCCCUGCUGAAGAAAACAGAUGCCCAACUAGAUCUCCUAACCGACUACGAAAUGUACCGCUUUAUGGAAGACGGAAUCCGUGGAGGUGUUUGCGGACCCAGCCACCGUUACGCGCGCGCCAACAAUCCCCAGGUGGAAGGGUACGACCCCGAAAAGCCCAACACCUACAUUUCUUACCUGGAUGCCAACAACCUCUACGGCUGGGCAAUGUCCCAACAUCUCCCGGUGCGGGACUUUGAGUGGGCAACGCCGCGCGAACCAGAGUACUACAUGCGCAUAAGACCCGACAGUCGAAAAGGCUUCAUUCUGGAAGUAGAUCUGGAGUACCCCCCGGAACUUCACCCCCUUUACGACGAUUACCCACUUGCCCCGGAAGCAAUCGAAAUACCAUUCGAGCAGCUAUCCCCGCUUCAAAAGAAGUUGUGCCCCAAUUACAAGCCCUACCGCAAGCUAACCCUAAACUUGAUGCCUAAGAAGAAGUACGUAGUUCACUAUCGCAACCUGCAAUUCUACGUGCGACACGGAAUGCGCGUGACAAAGGUGCACCGCGCUUUAAAGUUUCGCCAAGAACCAUGGAUGCAACCCUACAUCGACUUUAAUACCCAAAAACGUACUGCCGCCAAAAAUGACUUCGAAAAGAAUCUCUUUAAGUUAAUGAACAAUAGCGUUUUCGGGAAAACCAUGGAAAACAUCCGCAAGCGGGUAAGCAUACGUAUUGCUAACACCCGCGAGGAAGCGGAAAGGUACGUAUCACAACCCGGGUUUGUGCGCUACGUGGAUAUGCUGAACUUCUUCGUGAUACACAUGAAAAAAGCCAACCUUUUCCUAAACAAGCCGGUAUAUACGGGCUUUACCGUGCUGGAAUUGUCUAAGUUGCUAAUGUACGAGUUUUACUACGACAAACUAAAACCAAAGUACGGCGACCGCUGCCACCUCCAUUACACAGACACCGACUCCCUAAUAAUGGAUAGAAACCCCCGACAUUUACGCGGACUACCUCGAAGAUCUCGACGAAUACGACACCUCGGGUUACCCCCGCGACCAUCCCCUCUACUCUGCUAA